AUGGACAUGGGGAACUACCACCAGGAGUCCAGGCAACCUCCUGUGCAUGACGAAGUACCAGCAGGCGUCCAAAUCAUAAACCAACCCCGUCAACAACAACGGAAACAGAAACAGCUCCCUCCUAAGGUCGUAAACCCGGGAAAAACUAGAAGGGAUCAGGCUAUGGUGGAACAGUGGUUGGAAGAGGAGGAGGAGAGCGAUAUCUCAGAGGACGAUUCAUAUUUAUUCGACCCAGAGAACGCAAGCUCGGUGACAGAAAACUCAUUUUCUUCUGGAGAAUAUGACAAAUGCGAUUUCCCUCCCGAUGAUGAGUACCUUCGACCCCGUCCAUCCAAAAGCCAUAGGCGUGAAAAAAGCAAAAGCAGUGACCGUAGCGGCCACCGCCAACGUCCCUCCCUAGGAUAUCGCACCCAUGAACGCCCUUCGAGGAAGGCUUACCUGGCUGAACUACCUCGACACCGGGGCUCGAAAUACUUAGCUGAGUCUGCCGAAAUCCUGCCGUCUAAUAGCAAGCACAACCGCCAGGGGAAACUGACCCGAUCGGAGUCUGUUUCCUACCCAUCUCGACGCCAAUCGUUGAACCUCCAUCAACGUGGACCACGAUCUUACAGCCCUGACUCACCUCCUGCACGCGUGUCGCGAUCUGAGGUCGAGUGGGAAAUAGAGCAACGGGAGCAUGACAGGGCAUAUCUCCGCUACCUAGAGAGCCAGCGACUGGCCAAAAAGGAGGUAGAAGCUCGUCUAGAGCGUGAUAUAACCGACCGCCUGAACAUGGAAGGCUCAAGGCCGGCCGGUGCUCAACUAGGAGGAUACACUCCGCAACGAGUGCUGGAUACAUAUGAAAAAUAUGAUCGGAUGAGACGGUUGGACGGCAAUCGCCGCCAGUCCUACAUGGAGAAAUCACAAGCGCCUACUUAUCCAAGAGACUACCCUUCACGACAUGAGAGAUUAUUCCGGGGAUGA